GCGGCCUGAGAGAAUUGUGACCUCAGAAGAAUUCCACCGUCAAAAUUUUAUUUUAGCUCAGGCUCAAAAUGGACGCUGGGGAACCGUUUGAGGAAUCCUCAAGGGCGACAGAAAAUGCGUGUGAGUGGGCGUUCCUGGCAGCUCUGCUCACCAUCACUGCGACCAUCACCUGGUACGUGCUUCGGGGGUCUGACAACACAGAACUGCCUCCCGGUCCCAAAGGAGUUCCUAUCUUGGGCUACAUCCCUUUCUUGGGAAGAAAUCACCAUUUGAAGUUUGCUGAACUGGCCAAAGACUACGGACCCAUUGUCAGGGUGAAAUUUGGAAUGGUCAACGUUGUCGUGCUCAAUGACUACGCCUCCGUCAAGAAAUGGCUCAGCCACAGUGCAUUCCAGUCCCGGAUCAGAAACGUCUUCUGCAUAACCUCCGGCUUGCUCGGUAUAUCGAGUCUCAACGGAGAUGCGUGGUGGGAAAACCGUCGUCUGUGCAUUGGAAUUUUGCGAAACAACGGCUGGAAACAGGCAGUCAUGGAAGAGCAUACCAAGGAAGAACUGCAGUACCUGUGCAGCAAGCUUGCCGAGUACAACGGACAACCUCUGCCCAUAAAGAAAUACGCGCAGGCGAGCUGCGAGAACGCCAUUAUGAAACUCCUGCUGAGCGUGUCGUACCCGUUUGAAGAUCCCAGACGGAUGUUUCUCGACAGAUGCAUCUCCCAAGUCGGACAGCAUAUCGCUUCGAGUUCCCCGGUCGCCUGGACACCGUCAUGGCUGCACACGAUCGCGGGCUACCUGCCGUGCUCCCGCGUGCACUCCUUCAGGUCCGGGCUUCGAGGGAUUGUUGGGUUCGUCAACGAAAGGAUAAGAGAGCACCAAGAGGUGCUUGAUGAAUACUCAAACCUCGACUUCACCGAUGCGUACUUGAAGGAGACUCGCGAGUACCGUAAAGUUUCCAAUUCUCAUAUCAGUGUGGAAUACGCAGCCGGCCACCUGCUCGUCCUGAUGAGCGCCGGCACGAUUCCCGUGAGCAACAGCAUAGUGUGGUACCUGCUGAACUGCGCCGACAAGCCGAGCUUGCAGAACAGGAUUCGGGAAGAAAUUGACACGGUAAUCGGACGGCAAAGGGCACCCGCCUGGGAGGACCGCUACCGCAUGCCCUUCACAAUGGCUUGCAUUUGGGAGACUUACCGGUGGAGGACAAUCAACCCCAUUGGACUUCCCAGAGGCUGUGAGGAGGACACCCGCAUCGGCAACUACGUGAUUCCCAAAGGAACGGUCGUCCUGCCUAAUCUGUGGGCUGUGCACAUGAAUCCGAAAGUAUGGAAGGAUCCGGAGGUCUUCAAUCCUUCGAGGUUCCUGAAAGGCGACGGCUCGGGACUGAUUGCAAAGCCUAAGCACUUCGUGCCAUUUUCUACUGGCAAACGGAUGUGCCCAGGACAGGCGGCCGCCAAUAUUCAGAUCUUCCUGUACCUUACAGGAAUUCUGCAGAAGUUCCACGUGAUGCCUGAAGAUGGCGUCGCAGUCGACCUCUCCUCGGACUGCGUCACAAUGAACAGUCCGAAAGCGCAGAAGUUGCGCUUUGUUCCGCGAACGUAAACUAUAUCUGGAUUGGUCAAUUGUUUCGUUAUUUUCACUUUCUUUUACUGGCAAUUACACUGACGUGAAGCUUGUAAUAAAGCAUAAAAACUGGGCUCUUAUUCCGUUUUAAUUUCAGUUUUGUAUCGCAGAGUUUUUUUUUUUUUUUUUUAAUACGCGCAGUCAAAAUCGUUUAUAAAUUUCAGUGUGAUGGUGAUUUGUAACUGUAUUUCAGGACCCAUAGUCUUGAUACGCACCGGAGUACGCGAUUGGCGAGGAGCCGUCGCGUCUCUCCAUGGUUUCACCGAGGGAAGAUCACCCCUCCGGGAGCGACCGACGGAGAGGCGAACGCCUCUCUCCCGGAAAGCGUAGGCUCUCACGCCUUUCCAACCGGUGUUUCACGUGUACUACAGUGCAUAUAAAUGCAUGAACAAAUGAGCGACGAAAACCCAUUUUUAAUGAAGGGAGUGUUAGCACCAAUGUCACCGGCCCAGCUCGCUUUUUUUUAUCCUAAAAAC